GUCAACAUUUUUGGCGGCCAUCUUGAAUGAGUGGAUGAACUCGGUAGAGACUACCUAAAGAAAUUGUAACAUGGGAGCAGGCCAAUCUGCAGAAAUCCCAGGCGGUGGAUCUGAAGGAUAUCAUGUACUAAGGGUUCAAGAAAAUUCUCCUGGAUAUAAAGCAGGAUUGGAGCCCUUCUUUGAUUUUAUAAUCUCGAUAGAAAAUACGCGACUGGAUCAAGAUAAUGAAACACUGAAGGAAAUCCUUAAAUCAAAUGCAGAAAAACCUGUUAAGAUGCUUGUUUUUAGUAGCAAAACAUGCAAAGUUAGAGAAGUUAGUAUCACUCCAAGCAGUAUGUGGGGUGGCCAGGGUCUCCUAGGAGUUAGUAUUCGUUUUUGUUCCUUUGAAGGAGCUAAUGAAAACGUUUGGCAUGUUUUGGAAGUUCAACCAAACUCACCUGCUGACAUAGCUGGGUUGCGCUCAAAUACAGAUUACAUCAUAGGAGCUGAUUCAGUUCUACAUGAGUCUGAAGACCUGUUCCAACUUAUAGAAUCACAUGAAGGGAAACUACUUAAGUUAUAUGUCUACAAUUCUGAAACAGAUGGUUGUAGAGAGAUAACCAUUACACCAAACAGAAAUUGGGGUGGCGAGGGAAGUAUGGGAUGUGGCAUAGGAUAUGGCUAUCUUCACAGAAUACCAAUCAAAGAUUCUCCAGAUGUGGCUCUACAACCUAAAGCUUCAUCUCCUGCUCCUGAUGGCUUCUCUGAUGUUCCUCUCAGUGGACCCACACCUGUGCCUCUUGUUGCAGUUUCAACAUCAACAGUUUCACCAAUACAAACAGCAGGUCUGGAGUCAGGAAUGACAUCCUUGAACCUCAACACAACUGCAACAUCACCAGCCAUGAACCCAUUCAACCCAAGUUUCCCAACCACAUCUCCUGUUCCAGCUGCUGUAUAUCCAGGAGCUGCUCCUUUGGUAGUACCGGGAGGUGCCCCACCUACUGUUCCCUCAUUCUUACCUCAAGUUCAGGGUACAACUGCGACAGGGAGCAAACAACCACCACCUUUCUCAGUAGCCCAGAUGAAUACAGGGGCUGCAUCAACAACACCAGCUGGAAGUUCUGCAGUCACUGUGACAGCUACAGCAACACCCCUUAUGACUGAUAUCACUGAGGGAGCAAUGCCUGCCCCCUUAAUACCCACAACAAGCCCAUCAUUGCCAAGUGAUGACAUCUCUGCAGCUUUUCAACCAACGCCACCACCUUCACAACCAAUUGCAACAUCGUAAAACAGAAUAGCCUGAGAGUAAUUACAGUCAAUAGAUACACUAGAAAUAUAUUAUCAUACAAAAGUGUAUUUUGCAUGGCUAUUAAAAUUUUGUACUCUCAGCUGUAGUUAUUUUUUUCUGUCUCUCAUCUUAUUUGCAAAGGUGGCAGUAAGGGUAACCAAGACAAAAAUGUAUUGCCUACUGAUCAGGUGAAGGUAGUCCAAUUCUUUCCUUUGGGGGAGGUUUUAAUUCUAGCAGUUCUUCCUGGUAGGGGACAUUUUCUUUUCGGUAGUAGUGUCUUGAAUUUUUGGGUCAGUCUUGUUUUCCCAUUCAAAACAACUUUACUACAGAGCUUAUGUGAUCACUUUGGACAGCUUCAAUCUGAAGUGACUUUGUUCAACACAAAAUUGUAUUGUGCACCAGUAAGUGUGCUUUGACUGCAGAUUUUCCUUGUCUGAGUCACUAAUCUGAAAAUUGCUAUUAUGAUAUCUGUAAUAAUAAUAACAACUUGCUAAGAAGUACAGAGAAAAAAAAUUUAAUGCUGUGGAAGUUUUUUGUAAAUCUUAACUUGGAGUGCAACUGACCUGCAAGAAUGUCAGUAAUAUGCAAGUGAGAGAGCAAAUAAGUGAAAAAGUACCUAUCUAAAUCAUUGGAGCUUCUCUGUCAAAACUGUUCAUCAGUUUGCAAGAACAUAAUGUUUUGUACGGAUUUGAAGGUCAGUUUUUCGUUCAAAAGAGUGACCUAAAUAAAUUCAUCUUAAUAGAAAUUGACUUUGAAUUAAAAGCUAGCGUUAAGAAGUCACGACGUUUCGACCCCUCUGAGGUC